AUGGCCGGCGCUUGCUCUACCUUGUGCUUGAUUCUCAUCACGCUCUUCAUCCCUCCUCUCGGAGUUUUCAUGAUCGCCGGCUGUGGUGCCGAUUUCUGGAUCAAUGUCCUCUUGACCAUCCUCGGAUACUUCCCCGGUCAUAUCCACGCCUUUUAUCUGGAAUACGUGUAUUACCAGCGUCGCGAUCGUGAUCCCGCAACGCGCGCCACACAGCAGCCUGCACCGGGUGUUUACUCGGAGCGUAUCCAGAAUGGUGGUCAUUCCCGUGCGCCGAAUCCCAAUUACGGGGCUGUUUGA